UCUACAGAAGCGAGUUCCAGGCCAGCCAAGACUGCACAGAGAGACCCUGCCUCGAAAACAAAAAACAAAACACACAAAAAAAAUUUAUUAACCUAAAUAUGCUAACUCAUCGGAGAAACAACCUACGUUCAGUCUUGAACAUUAUAGUCACUCUCAAAUCAUUUUAGAAAACCAGGAAGGGGUGGGACCUGAGGUCCAUACUUUUGAGAGGCCAGAGGGGCGGGUCUUAACCCAGAACGGAAGUUCCUGAGCCUCCCGACGCGUGGGGACACAACUCAGGAACGGACCAAGAUGGCGACUCCCAGUGAGGGGCAGCUGUUUGCCGCCGGUAUUGAAAAGACUUGGGGUGCAGUUGUUCGUUCCCCUGAAGGGACACCCCAGAAAGUUCGGCAGCUCAUAGAUGAGGGAAUUGUCCCGGAAGAGGGAGGCACAGAAGCAAAGGAUACAUCUGCCACAUUCCAGUCAGUCAAUGGAUCACCUCAAGCAGAACAGCCCCCAUUGGAAUCUACAAGCAAAGAGGCCUUUUUUCACAGAGUGGAAACCUUUUCUUCGUUGAAAUGGGCAGGGAAGCCCCCAGAGCUGUCUCCGCUUAUCUGCGCCAAGUAUGGCUGGGUCACAGUUGAAUGUGAUAUGCUCAAGUGCUCCAGCUGCCAGGCUUUCCUCUGUGCCAGCUUACAACCAGCUUUUGACUUUGGCAGAUAUAAGGAACGAUGUGCUGAGCUCAAGAAGUCUUUGUGCAGUGCCCAUGAGAAGUUCUGUUUUUGGCCCGACAGUCCUUCUCCAGAUAGGUUUGGGAUGUUGCCCCUGGGUGAGCCUGCUGUCCUUGUCAGUGAGUUCCUGGACCGGUUCCAAAGCCUCUGUCAUUUAGACCUCCAGCUUCCUUCCCUGAGGCCAGAGGACUUGAAAACUAUGUCCUUGACAGAAGACAAGAUCAGUGUUCUGCUGCACCUGCUGGAGGAUGAGCUUGAUCACCAAACUGAGGACAAGAAAACUACAAGCAAAUUGGGCUCAGACAUGCAAGUCCAUGUCACUGCCUGUGUUCUCUCUCUGUGUGGCUGGGCAUGUAGUUCUUUGGAACCCACACAGCUUCCCCUGAUAUCAUGUUCCCAGUGCAUGAGGAAGGUCGGUCUCUGGGGCUUUCAGCAGAUUGAAUCUUCCCUGACGGAUCUGGAGGCUUCCCGUGGCUUGACUAGCUCCCCCAUUCCAGGAGUGGAGGGUCGGCCUGAGCACUUCCCUCUGGUGCCUGAAUCUCCGAGGCGGAUGAUGACCCGAAGCCAAGAUGCCACAGUUUCUCCCGGCUCCGAGCAGUCUGAAAAAAGUCCAGGUCUCAUUGUCUCCCGAACCCGGAGCUGGGACUCUUCCAGUCCUGUUGACCGGCCUGAGCCAGAGGCAGCCAGCCCCACCACCAGGAGCCGACCAGUGACCCGGAGCAUGGGAACUGGAGAUUCUGCUGGCUUGGAAGUUCCCUCCAGCCCUCUCCGGAAAGCCAAGCGAGCUCGCCUCUGCUCUUCUGGCAGCUCGGACACCUCUCCCCGAAGCUUCUUUGAUCCCACCUCUCAGCAUAGAGAUUGGUGCCCUUGGGUGAAUCUCACACUUGCCAAAGAAACCAGGGAGCAUGAGACAACGGAGGAGGAAACCAGUGCCCCAGCAGAGCCAGGCUGGAAGGCAGUGCUGACCAUCCUGCUGGCCCACAAGCGUUCUAACCAGCCAGCUGAGAUGGACUCCAUGAGUCUCUCUGAAAAAUCAAGGAAAGUGUUCCGAAUAUUCCGGCAGUGGGAGUCUUUAUGCUCGUCCUGAAAAAUGCUCCAGACAGAACUGAUGAGGGUGACAUUUAAAAAAAUAAGUCUGAAUUCUCUUUUUGGUCAGCUGAUGCUGCUUUUCUUUGUUCUGGUUUAAUUGCAAGUGCAAAGACUUGCCAUCUGCAUGAUGAAGAGGAGACCCAUUGCCAUGUGGGGAUGAGGACAGGUCAAGACACAGCAUGCCCGGUUCUGUCAGAGGACUGUGGAGUUUUGAAACCAGCCAUAAGACCAGGGAUCAGAAUACCCAUCCAGUAGCUUUGCUGCGGGCAUGGUGUGUGAGAGUGUAGUCCAGGAAUGUAACAGUGUGUGUUAAUAAAGUGUUUGCUAAGAUUCUCA